GCCGCGCUAGUGAAUUUUUCAUCCCAACCGAUUAGCAUGGCGUGUGGAAAGAAACAAAGAGAACAAGGUUGCCGCUACCGAAAAUAGUUUUAAACAAAUUUCCCGCUCUAAAUUAAGUUGUUUUAAACUGGACGACAUAAUGGAGAGAAGAUUUUUGGAAAAUAUAACUCAUGAUAAAGCUGAAUUUCUUUAAAUUAAAUAUGAAAUACAAUCAUACUAGCAGUCUUUCAAAGUACUUCCAUUAUAGCCUAAAAUUCCUCCCUAUCCGUAAUGGUUGUUUGAUAACAACACUUUUGCUUGUUAAACGUCAAAUUGCAUGCAAACAGCUGUCACUUUGCGCCAUUUGUGACAGCGGAAUAUGCGUGUGAAUUGAAGAAAUACAAAAGGAAGCGUAAAUUAAGCGAAAAAGCUACGGUAAUAUAGUUUCACGCGAAAAUUUUGCAAAUAAAAUGCAAAUAUAGCGAACGGUUUUCGCAAUAGCACCAAGCCGAAUCAUCAGUAAUAUCAAUUACACUUACAAUGGGCCUCGAUUUUGAUGCGAUCGAGUAUUGCAAGAACGUGAAGCUGCAGCAAGCACAACCGCCGUACGCGUGUCCAGUAGCGAAAUGCGAUCGCAGCUACAAGACCGUGGUGGGACUUCAAUACCACUUACUUAACUAUGAUCACGACAAUCCACAACCAAUAACACCAAUUAUAACGCCAAACCGAAAAAAGGCGCGGAAAGCACAUCAUUCUACUCCCAAAACACCGAAGGGGACAGGAGAUGACAACGCCGCCAACGGUGGUGGGAAUCAAGUGGCUAAUCCUGAAUCCUUAGUUUGCUACAAUGAAGAAGAGCAAACAGUGCAGUUUAAUAUCGACGGUAAGAGUGUUCGAUUGCCUAUCGAUGAACCGCUGCCGUUCAUUGAAGAUGAAGAGUAUGCGGAAUUAGUAGCCCGCCGUUGCAUUCUAAAUGCCGAUGCACCACCUCUUGAGGAAAAUGCGUCGUGGGCGCGUAUAAAAGUGCCCGAGGCGCGUUAUCAUGAAAUUGAAAACUACCAUGUGCCUGACGCGCCACCCCGCCCACUUGCUUAUUAUCGUUUCAUAGAAAAAUCGGCUGAGGAACUAGAUGGCGAAAUCGAGUACGAUGUGGAUGAGGAGGAUUCGGCGUGGCUAGAAUGGAUGAACGAACAACGUGAAAAAUCCGGUCUAAACGCGGUCGGCAUCGACACCAUGGAACUAUUAAUGGAUCGAUUAGAAAAAGAGUCAUACUUUCAAGCUGCCGCUAAUGGCACGCCAACCGGCGUAGAAGUAGACGAUGAUGCAGUUUGCUGCAUUUGCAUGGAUGGCGAGUGCCAGAACACAAACGUGAUUCUCUUCUGCGAUAUGUGCAAUCUGGCCGUGCAUCAGGAUUGUUACGGUGUUCCGUACAUUCCGGAAGGUCAGUGGUUGUGCCGACGCUGUUUGCAAUCGCCCAGUACCCCAGUGAGUUGCGUAUUGUGCCCGAAUGCCGGCGGUGCUUUCAAACAGACCGAUCGCGGUCAAUGGGCACAUGUGGUAUGCGCGCUUUGGAUUCCUGAAGUGCGCUUUGCUAAUACCGUGUUUUUGGAACCAAUUGAUUCCAUCGAGACCAUUCCGGCGGCGCGUUGGCGACUCACCUGUUAUGUUUGCAAAGAAAAGGGGUUGGGCGCGUGCAUACAGUGUCAGCGCAACAGCUGCUAUGCUGCUUUCCAUGUAACAUGUGCGCAACAAGCUGGUUUGUAUAUGACAAUGGACACGGUUAAAGAUGGCCACAACGACUCUUCGGUUCAUGUACAAAAGUAUGCCUACUGCCAUGCUCAUACGCCGGCUGAUGCUAAAUUAAAAACCAAUCAAAAAGAAGUGGAAGAUACACGUGUGAAAAUGAAAGAAGCACGUAAGGCUCUGGCCAAGAAACGUUCGUCAGCUCCAGUUGUACUCAUACCAACAAUUCCUCCCAACCGUGUGCAGGAGAUCUCGGGCAUGGUACACAUGCAAAAGAAGCAGCAAUUCUUAGAUAGGCUUAUAGCCUAUUGGACACUGAAACGACAGUACCGGAAUGGUGUGCCACUAUUGCGACGUCUACAGAGUCAAGGCAACAAUCACGGUGUAAUACACCGAAAUGGUAUUGAAGGAUCACCGGACACUAAGGAGUUAUACAAGCAGUUGAAAUACUGGCAGUGUCUGCGGCAGGAUUUGGAGCGUGCGCGCCUACUUUGCGAAUUGGUGCGCAAGCGCGAGAAACUAAAAGCUGCCUUUGUGAAAAUUUGUGAGCAGGUGGUAAUGUUACAAGUGAAUCCGCUAGAAUCGGCGCUGACAAAGCUACUGGAUACACUCGAAGCAAAAGAUACCAGCGAAAUUUUCCGUGAACCUGUUGAUACAGUCGAAGUGCCUGAUUAUUUGGAUAUUGUGAAGCAUCCAAUGGAUCUAGGCACGAUGCGCACAAAACUGAAACAAGGCCAAUACACGACGCUGGAGCAGUUGGAGAUCGACUUUGACUUAAUGAUACAAAAUUGUCUAGCUUAUAACAAUAAAGAUACAGUUUUUUAUCGUGCUGGCAUACGCAUGCGUGACCAAGCAGCGCCACUUUUCCAACAAGUGCGGAAAGAGCUGCAACGUGAAGGUUUGUUGGACAACACACGCUCCGAGCAUGAAGAUCACGUUGAACAAGAGGUUGAGGCGGAAUUAAAACAAUUGCUAGAGGCCAAGCCAUGUGAAGAAAUUGUGCAGAAGUUGCUAAUUCUUGCAGAUAAAUCACAGGUCCUCAAGAACCCCGCAUAUCGUACGAAAAAAAUCAAACAAAUACGCUUGGAAAUAACACGCAUGCGCAAAGCUAUGCAAAAGGCGAAAAUAGCUGCGCGAUAUUCAAAUAUGGGUGUAAAUUCACAAAGUGAUGACGAUGAUGAUGAAGAGUACGACCACAACAACGAGGUUAUGCGUCAUACAGAAAAAGUAAAACAGCCAUCUGCUGGUAUACAGCAACAGCCAAUGCAGAACAGCUUGCCAAAGCGUUCGAGAAAAGUACCGGCUAAUAUGAUGGUAGUCGAUGACGAUGAUACAAUGGGCGAGGAGUCUAAAGAAACCGCUACAACGACAGUACAAACACCGCCAUGCAGCCCCAUAAAGAGUCUGAACAACAGCGCAUCGCCAGUGGGUGUAAAUCGAAGAACUGCAGUUUUGUUUACGCGCAAAGCGCAAGCGGCCCUCAAAAGACCUUCUGAAAUCACUACCCCUGUUAAGGAUGAAUCUGCAGCAUUGUCCGCGUCGGCUACUCCAAAUAAUAACAACUCCACCGCAAGUGCUGCUGGGGCGGCAGCUGCAGCUACACUCGCAUCAUCAGCAAUGACAAUAAGCAAUAAACUAAGCGGCAGUCAUUUGACUCCACUGGGCGCAAGUUUAAGCCUACCUGCUGGUGUGAUGUUAGGCGCAGUCGCUGUUAAAUCCCCAAAACGAAAUGCGCGUCACAAGCGUCUAUCGGAAAUGCGACAGAGUGCGUCGAUGUCGCCCAAAAAAUCACCAAACGCUAUACUUACGCCAAGCACUCCGUCAUCUGUGAAUGUGCCACCCAGCGUUGCAGCGUUAACGUCCACGCCAAAUUACGAUCGAAUACCUGACAGUUUUCGGGUGUAUCGUGCGAACAACGAACGCGACGUAAGCGACAGUGAUGAUGACGAUCUGAGUGACAUGUCAGGCAGUCCCUGCAGUAGUUGCUCGGGUUUCAGCGUCAGCGGGUCUGGUUCGGAGUAUGAUAGUAGUGAUGAUGAUGAUGACGAUGAGGAUGAUGAUGGUGAAGAUGAAGCCGAAGGAGACGGGGAAGGUGAUGGAGAUGAAGAGAGUGAAGACGAUGAAGAGGUUGAUGGCCGUGAAGGCGAUGCGGAAAUACGCGAAGUUGCUAGUACUGGCGAGCCAGAUGCUGAAGGUGGUGAGGGUGAUGCCGGUGGUGGAGGCAAUGGUGAAGCGGCGAGUGCCAGCGCCGACAGCGUGCAUAGCGGCGAGUGCGCUGAGGAAAGUAACGAUUGUGUGGUGAGCGAUAGGGUUGAAACGGAUGCAAAGAGUGUGGCGACACGCACGCCCACACCAUCAGAGAAACGUCCACGCAAUGCCACACGUACGAAGCAGAAAAGCAAGCCGCCUGCCGAAACAAAUGCGAAAAACAUUAAAGCAGAUGCAGUGCAGACACCGUCCACUGGCAAGACAACGACGCGCUCGGUCAACAAGCAAAUAAUGACUAGAUCGGCAACUCCCACCGCCAUUGCCAAUGCAAACGCAACUAGUACACCCGUUGCGAAUAACGCUAGAGGGCGAAAGGCCAGCCUUAACAACAAGUUGAAGUAUAACAAUACACACAAUACACGGGGUGCUGCCGCAGCGACACCCACACCGUCGUCAUCAUCUAGACCUGCAUCUGCAAAUGCGGACUCAACGCAUGAGGCCGCCAUCGAAGGGUGUGGCGAAGAUGCUGAAGCGACGGCGACGUCAACAACAGGUCUGCUGAAGCCCCCCCUUGAGCCACUGCAGCUAGUGUGGGCCAAGUGUCGCGGCUAUCCCUGGUACCCGGCGCUCAUACUCGACCCCAAGACACCGAAGGGUUUCGUAUACAACGGUGUGCCGCUGCCAGCACCGCCACUCGACGUGCUUGCGCUGCGCAAAAACUAUACCGAAGAUGUGGUAUUUCUGGUGUUGUUCUUCGAUGUGAAACGUACGUGGCAAUGGCUGCCGGCGAAUAAACUCGAAAUACUGGGCAUUGAUAAGCGAUUGGAUCAGCAGAAAUUGGUGGAAUCACGCAAGCCGACCGAGCGAAAGGCAGUGAAAAAGGCAUACCAAGAUGCGUUACACUAUCAAAGUCAAGUGUCCGAUCUGGAGGGUCAAGGACCGGAUCCGAUAAUGUGAGAAGGUGCAAUGCCGGUUGGCGUGUGGAGAAAAGUGCGACACAAACGUUGAAGCAGAGUGGCAGAAAAGGUGGUGGUAUUGGCGCCAAUCGUGUAGCUGCAUAUAUUUAUAAAUAUGAAUAAUAUAAAGAAAUAUAAUUUUAAAGCGACCGUUAUGCAUGUAUACAUAAAGUAUGU